AAAGAGUACAGUUUUCUUCUGUUCAACCAUUUUGGCGCCGAGGAUAUAAGCGCCAAACCAUUAUUCAGCCGGAGGCGACCAGUUCAGAGGUGUUGCGACAGCAGCCGGCAUCUUGCAAGGCGUAUUGUUUUCACGAUUCAAAGUGACAAACGGUGGUGGACGAGAUGGAUGACGAUUUGCCGUAUUUAGUGGAGUAUGCUAAGAGCAAUCGUUCUAGUUGCCAAGGAUGCAAAACAUUGAUCGGCAAGUCAAGUCUGAGACUAGCCGCUGUAGUCCAGAGCCCAGUCCACGAUGGUAAAAUACCUAAAUGGUAUCAUUCUAAGUGUUUUUUCCUGAAACAAAGGCCAAAGUCUACCGCUGAUAUAGCAUGCUUUGAUCAGAUUCGAGAUAAAGAUCAGGAAGUACUUAAAAAGAGACUUGAGGAAGCUCUUAAAGCACCUCCUGUGUCCGGAAAAGGAAGAAAGAGGGCAAAUGCUACAAAAAGUGGUUCUGGUGACUUCAAAGUGGAAUAUGCCAAGUCUAGCAGAUCUACUUGCAAAGGAUGCGAAGAGAAGAUAAUAAAAGAGGAAGUAAGAAUAUCAAAGAAGGAUUAUGAAACUGAUGAAGCCAAGAAAUAUGGUGGCAUAGAUAGAUGGUACCAUGUGGAAUGUUUUGCAAAAUUAAGAGUAGAUUUAGGGUAUUAUGGAGAAGGAAGUGAGCUCCCAGGUAUAAAAGAUCUUUCUAAAGAAGAUCAAGAAACUGUCAAAGCUGCAUUGAAUAAAAUAAAUCAAGAUGACAUCCCACCUCCUGUCAAAAAGAUUAAAGAUGAGCCAGAAGAUAUUGAAGGAGAGAAAAUGAGAAAGAAACAGAACAAAGAUUUGUAUGUUAUACAAGAUAAGAUAUCGAGUCUAAGAAAAAAAGAAUUAAUUGCAAUAUUGAAAAAAAACCACCAACAAGUUCCAUCUGGCACAUCAAAUAUUUUAAGCCUUUUGUCUGAUAUAUUGUACUUUGGAGCUUUGGAGCCCUGUCCAAAGUGUAAAGGACAACUUUUAUAUAAUACUGGGUUGGGUUACAAAUGCACUGGCAAUAUAACGGAAUGGACUAAAUGCGAAUACGUUACACAGGAACCAAAAAGAAAAAAGUCUGAAAUACCAAGUGAUAUGAAGGAAGAUUUUCCAAUUGAAUCGUACAAGUCUAAGGUAAAAAAGCGACUGUUUCAAGUUACGGCACCAUCUUCUUCAAGUUCCGUGAAGAAAGAAGAAGAUAAGGUAGAUGGGCCGAAAGUUCAAGGAAAGCCACGUCCUUUGAAGAACAUGCAGUUUGUUAUAUUGGGUCGUAUAGAAAAGGAUAGAGAAGAGUUGAAGAAGGAUAUUCUGCUCUUAGGUGGUACUGUUGGAACGAAAAUUCACAAAGAUUUGGCCGCCGUAAUUUCGAAUCCGAAAGAAGUGGAGAAGAUGAGCAAAAGAAUGGAGGAUGUUAAAGCACUUGACAUUCACGUAAUAACGGAGAAUUUUGUGGAGGAAGCAAAGGAGUACACAGAUGCGCCCAUUAUGCUCCUAAAGAAGAAAACUAUCUCAAGCUGGGGUGGUGACAUAAAUGCCAGAAUUUCGAACGUUGUCGAGAAAUCCAACGCUUCCAAAAGUAAGAGCAAGUUUGAGAAGUCCGGCAAGGUGAAAUUACGAGUAAAAAGUGGUGGCGCUGUCGAUCCUGACAGCGGCAUGGAUGACUGUACGCAUAUCUAUCAGAAAGGCAAAGACACGUACGACAUAACAUUAGGGCUGACGGACAUACAGUCGAAGAAGAACAGUUAUUACAAGCUACAAAUUUUAGAACACGACAAUAGUAAGAGAUAUUACUUGUUCAGAAGUUGGGGUCGAAUUGGCACUACAAUUGGCGGCACGAAACUAGAAGACUCGUUGUCCUUAGAGCAAUGUAUAAAACAGUUCGAGGCGUUGUUCGAAGAGAAAUCUGGCAAUCAGUGGAAGACUAGAGAACACUUUGUCAAGGUACCGAACCGGAUGUGUCCGAUCGAACUAGAUCACGGAGACGAGGAGAUCGCCUCUUUAGAUUCAGAUAUCAAGAGCAACUUGCAGCAACCCAUUCAAGAUCUAAUGCGCCUUAUUUUCGAUGUGGCUUCAAUGAAGAGAGUUAUGUUGGAGUUUGAGAUAGAUAUGGAUAAAAUGCCGCUCGGAAAAUUGUCCCAGAAACAAAUUCAGGAAGCGUACGGGGUCUUAACGAUGCUGCAAAAUGAGCUGAAGAAAAGCGGCAGUACAGAUCGUAUCACGUUGAUAGACGCUUCCAACAAAUUUUACACCCUAAUACCUCACAAUUACGGCAUUUCCGAGCUGAAGCCUCUCGAAACAUUGGAGGAAAUUAAGACCAAGUGCGAUAUGCUAGAUGCGCUGCUCGAGAUGGAAGUUGCCUACAGUCUUUUGCGCGAUAAGACUGACGAGCAGGAGAAUCCGCUCGAUAGUCAUUACAAGCAGCUGAAGACCGACAUCGACGUAUUGGAUAAGAAGAGCGAAGAAUUCAAGAUGAUAGAACAAUACGUGAAGAACACGCACGCGGCCACUCAUACGCAGUACGAACUCGAGAUCGAGGAUGUGUUUGUAGUCAAGAGACAAGGCGAAGAGCAGCGAUACAAACCCUUCAAGAAAUUGCCAAACAGGAAGCUGCUUUGGCACGGAUCCAGGACCACGAACUUUGCGGGAAUACUGUCUCAAGGUCUGCGUAUCGCGCCGCCGGAAGCGCCCGUUACCGGCUACAUGUUCGGCAAGGGUAUCUACUUCGCCGACAUGGUGUCCAAGUCCGCGAAUUAUUGUUGUACGAACAGCUCGAAUUCCACCGGGCUGUUGCUACUUUGCGAAGUCGCCUUGGGAAAUAUAUACGAGAGAUAUCAAGCGGACUACAUCGAGAAGCUACCAAAAGGCAAACACUCGACGAUGGGUCGCGGUCAGACGCACCCCGAUCCCGAGAAUGUCUACAAGACCAAGGACGGCGUCGAAGUGCCCUAUGGCGAGGGAGUAUCUGCCAAUAUUAAAAAGUCGGCAUUAUUAUACAACGAGUACAUUGUGUACGACGUUGCUCAGGUGAAAGUACGAUAUUUAAUAAGAAUGGACUUCAAAUACAAAAUGUAAUCAUUAUUAUGUGUAACGUUUGGCGGAUAUGUUUCCCUAAUUCUCUACGAAAUUCUCUACGAAGAUACAUUACAUUAGAUUUGACAUAUUUUCAAUUUAAGAUCUUAAAUUCCAGUGUGUUUUGUUUGCGCUUCAAGUUUCAAUUAUGUUAUAUCGCGUUUUAUUUGUGACGAAAAUUUUCUCAAUCCCAUGUGUUUCCAUUAGUUAUGUGUAACAAUAUGAUAUUUGUUGAAUAUACACCAAAUAGCUUGUACUACCUCGAAUGUUCUACCUGUAAGAUUAUACGCAAUAAAUUUUGCAACAAAAU